AUGGCGCCCAACGACAAGGCGGGUCGAGUGGUUUUCAUAGGAAAUAUUCCAUAUGGUGGAACCGAAGAGCUUAUUGUUGAAACUCUCGGUCGCGUUGGACAGGUUAACAACUUUCGGCUGGUGUAUGACAAGGAAACGGGACGACCCAAAGGCUUCGGCUUCGCAGAGUUCGCCGACGCGGACGCAGCAGCUUCGGCGGUGCGCAACCUCAACGACUACGAUCUCAUGGGGCGCAAACUGAGGGUCGACUGGUCCAACGAGAGUGGCUCUGGCGAUAACGCGCCCUCGAGCCGCGACCCGAACACGCAGGCACCCAUGAGCAUGAACGGCCAGCCAGCCGCAGUACCUCUCCCAGCGCAGCCAUCGAGCACACUGGGUCCUCUGCCGCCAGGUGUCGAGUUACCGCCCAACCUCACAUGCCCCGACGCCAUUUCGCGCACGCUGUCUACACUUCCCCCGGACCAGCUGCUUGACAUUCUCUCACAAAUGAAGGGGCUUGUUAUGACGGACCCAGCCAAGGCGACGGAGCUACUGCGACAGGCACCGCAGCUAGCGUAUGCCAUUUUCCAGUCGCUCCUGCUCCUGCAGCUAGUUGACCCGCAGAUUCUCACGUCGCUCGUGGAGACAUCGGCGGCUCCCGCCCCAGUGGCGCAGGCGCCGCCUGUUCAGCCAGUGCAGCAAGCUCCACCACAAGUAGCGCGACCGCCUGUGAACUAUGGUGGAUAUCCGCCCCAGGUUGCGCCCACACCUCCACAACCCCAAGCGCCCACUCCGCAGCCCUACGCACAAGCUCCACAGCCAGCUCCGCAAGCACAACCUGCGGCCCUGGACCAGCAAGCGUUGUAUGCGCAGGUCAUGGCCCUUACACCGCAGCAGAUCGACCAGCUGACGCCCGAGUACCGAGCGCAGAUUAUGCAGAUACGGCAGAUGCUUAUGGCAGGAGGACGUCCGUAG